AUGGGAGGAGUCGCCGCCCUGUCUCGCCCGCCUUCACGAGUCGACAAUUCGAUGAUGGACCUCUCUUCCGAACAUGCCGCGGCUUCAGCAAGCAAUGUCAAGUCCCUUAAAGAACAAGAAGAAAUGAACGAUCCGGAGCUGCAGCGGGCAAUGGCCGAGUCACUGAGGCAGACCUUACCAGCACAGGAAGACGGAGUCACAGGGACCGGGACACAUUUCGGGCCUGCCAACCGAGAAUACUACGACCCCAGCAGCUGGGCUUUAACUACCUAUUCCACCUCGCGGGAGAUCAUUGAACAUCCGCCACCAUCGAAGCGAAGAAGGAUAGGCGACGCACCUCCUUUCCUGCGUGGCUCGAAGGAGACUGGCUACUUGGGAUCCUUGCUUACGAUCUACCACAAUAUCCCUCUCGCUCGCCAAGCUCUUCUCAUGCCUCCUCUGAAAGUCCAUGCUUACGCCCACGAUAAUAACUGGUGGUCUGGGGCCACCGACGAGAACACCAAGGCCUUGUCGACCGACAAUACUCUCCGCAUUGACCGGCAAGAGUGCAAUCUGCUUACAGAAGUCCAAUGCCUGAUGGCUUUUCUUGACAGGACCGCUCGGGCCUAUGGCAGUGUCGAUGCAUUGGCGGAUUUACAGGCCGUUCGCAGUCGAAACGACGAUACGCCGUUUCAUCUUUUUCUCGAAGCUUGGACCGCAGCAGCUGUGAAGCAGGCUCCCCAGGAACAACUGACGCAGGUCUUUAGUUCCGUGGCAGCGAAAGCAGGGGGGCCGGGCGACCCUGCAAUGGUGGAGAAGACCCUGUAUUGCAUCGAUCCUUUCAUCAAUCAUUUCCCCGGUGAGACUUUGACCGAUUUGCUCGACAAUACGAUCUGGAACGAUGAGCAUGGAAACAUAGAUGAUGUUUGGAUCAGCCAUUGCGCGGAGAUCUUCACUAUCCGAGUCCACGAUCCUAACGGCACAUCGAGAAGCUCGGAUCUGCAAUUGGAUCCUAUAUGGUACCCCGACCGGUACAUGUAUGAAUGCAGGGAGCAGAUGCAGCAGAUACGCAAAGAGCUUCAGUCGAUUCGCCGAGAGAUGGAUCAAUAUACUCACAUUCAACGCCGAUGCCAAAUUUUCAAGUCGCCUGACAACAGACUCCUCGAUGUUGCUGAAGUACUCAAUGCUGCAGCCAAAGCUUCGACUACGGUGUUGGGGAAGAAAUCUGUCCCGAAUGGCUUUGUUGACAGCCAGGGAUCCGGAGCGGAAGACACAGUCACCCAGUCCGACGUGGAUGAGCUCGGCUCGGCAUUGCAAUCUGUGCUCCAAAAGAUCCGGCAAAAGUUGGAUUCUCUUGAACAACGCAAGAAUGAGCUUCGGGUCAGGAGCCGGCAGAUCACGAUGCAACUCACAAAACCCACGCCAGAGAUUCCGGACGUCCCCAGUCACAAAUACACUCUUCAGGGCGUCGCUACCAAGCCUGGGGUCACUUAUUUCCGCCGACAGAACACGAAAAUUCGUUUCCUGGUUGACGACGAUGCAUUGGACCAGGACAGCUUAAGUUGUGGUUGGUGGAGAACUGCGUGGCUACAAGAGGAAAUCCAACACCCGGUCUUGCACCCUCCGAUGUUGGGCCCUGUGACCAGAGCCCAGGCGGAAGCAACCAAGCAGUCAGAAACCACUCCUUACUCGGUCACCAGGGUUCAGGAGGCCGAAGUGCUGGAAGCGGUUAGAACGGAGGCCAACUCUGUCCUGCUGGUAUAUGCCAACGAAAACGCGAUGAACUUUCAGGCUGGCGAUUUGAGCAUUUCACUCCGGCACUUUGUUGAUCGUGAUAACCAAGCAUUUGCAGAGGAACUGCAACAAGAACAAGGUUCACUACCUAGUGCAUCUGCUGAUCUCGAGGUCGAGACCGAAUUUGAAGAUGUCCCUUUGAUUGACCCAACAGGAUCCAGUGGCUCAGUACGUGAGCUCACCCCCAUGUCGACUUCCAGCCCCGACCAUGACGAAGACAGGCAACCCUCCCCCAGACGUGCGAUUGGACAAAGUUCGGCCCAAAUUCCUGAAGAGCCGCCUUCCUACGAGGAAAGCGUCCGCAAGCAGGAAAUGCAGGAGAGGAAGGGGAAUAAGAUUGGCUUAUAUGCGGAACAAAUGCUGCAGAGAUACGGAAACGAUGGGGCCCAGGAAAUGGGAGAGAACGACAGCAGUAGCGGUUGCCUAGAGGUUGAGAAUGCGAACGCGGAGUGA